UGUAAGCCACCACCUCAGUCCUUACGACGAAAGAAUUUUGAAUUUGAGCCCCUCUCUACCACCGCCUUGAUUCUUGAGGAUAGACCAUCACUUUUAUUUAAAUCCCAGAAAUCUUCCUGCCAAAUCUGUGGAAGAAGCUUUACGUCAUCGACAAGAAUAUGAUGAGAUGGUGGCUGAGGCUAAAAAGCGAGAAAUUAAAGAAGCACAUAAAAGAAAAAAGAUAAUGAAAGAACGAUUUAAACAGGAAGAAAAUAUUGCAAGUGCAAUGGUAAUUUGGAUCAAUGAAAUUCUGCCCAAUUGGGAAGUAAUGCACAGUACAAGAAGAGUUCGAGAAUUGUGGUGGCAGGGAUUGCCCCCUAGUGUUCGUGGGAAAGUUUGGAGUCUAGCUGUAGGAAAUGAACUAAAUAUCACUCCUGAACUUUAUGAAAUCUUUCUCUCAAGAGCAAGAGAACGAUGGAAAAGCUUCAGUGAAACAAGUUCUGAGAAUGAUACAGAAGGUGUUUCUAUUGCUGAUCGAGAGGCCAGUCUGGAAUUGAUAAAGUUGGACAUAUCUCGUACAUUUCCAUCUCUCUACAUUUUUCAGAAGGGUGGUCCAUAUCAUGAUGUCUUACAUAGUAUCUUAGGGGCAUAUACAUGUUACAGACCUGAUGUUGGUUAUGUACAAGGGAUGUCCUUCAUUGCAGCGGUACUCAUUCUAAACUUAGAAGAGGCAGAUGCCUUCAUUGCAUUUGCAAAUCUCCUUAACAAGCCAUGCCAGUUGGCCUUUUUUCGUGUGGAUCACAGCAUGAUGUUGAAAUACUUUGCAACGUUUGAAGUAUUUUUUGAAGAAAACCUCUCCAAACUAUUUCUUCAUUUCAAAUCUUAUAGUCUUACACCAGACAUAUACUUGAUAGAUUGGAUCUUUACCCUCUAUAGCAAAUCACUACCACUGGAUCUGGCCUGUCGAGUCUGGGAUGUAUUUUGCAGAGAUGGGGAGGAAUUUUUAUUUAGGACUGGAUUAGGAAUCCUUCGGUUAUAUGAAGAUAUUCUCCUACAGAUGGACUUUAUUCAUAUAGCACAGUUUUUAACUAAAUUGCCAGAAGAUAUCACAUCCGAAAAGCUGUUCAACUGUAUUGCAGCCAUUCAGAUGCAGAAUAGCACCAAAAAAUGGACUCAGGUCUUUGCUUCUGUAAUGAAGGAUAUUAAAGAAGGAGAUAAGAACAAUAGUCCUGCUCUGAAAAGCUAAUCUUCAGUUGAAAUAUAAAAUUUUUUGAGUAGAAUUUUUUUUCUAUUUAUAAAACAUGGAAGAAAAUUUGGAAGAAAUCUGAAAGAAUGAAGACAUGGAAAACUGCUGAUUUUGAAUUCCAUGACCAAAGUAAAUGAAAUGAAAUCUAUUGACAGUAUUAGUAAAAAUAGUAUUUUGUGGGGAAAGCCAUUUGACAAAGAAGAAGGUUUAAGUGACUAGUUGAUGCCUCAUCAUUUGGUGUGAACUGUGUAAUGCAAUAAUUUUUUAAACAGUUUUGGAGUUCUGCAAGUUUUUAUAACAUUUUUUUUACAGUUACCACAAAAGCACUUUGGAGGUCAGGGCAGAAUAAUUAAAUUACUACUUUACUUCCAAAAUAUUAUUUGAAAUAAAUAUUAUAGUACAUAUAGCAUCUCCAUUUUCAACUUUUUAAAGGUUUAUAAAAUAAUAGCGACUUUGAUGAUAAAGUCACUGAAGUUGUUAAUCUUCAUUCAUAGGUUGGGCAAAUUUGUGUUACUUAGGAACUGGAAAUACUGGUUAGAGUUUUUUUAGCAGUUACUUAGGUGUUUUUUUUCCCAUAGGAUCAUGUCUGUUUUUGAAGGAAAAUUGUUUCUUUUCCAUUAAGUAUUCCCUAUCAUUCAAAGAUAUUUAACUUUCCUGUUUCUGGUCUAAGAAAGUAAUCAUUUAGUAAUUUAAGAAAGCUAACUGGUAGAAGGGAAGUUCUUUGCACUUUAUUGGACUGAAGACUUGAUUUUUGGGAGUAAGCCCAUAAACACAAAUGAGGUUUUUCACUGGUAAGAGUAAUAAGUAAAUACAUUCUAAGAGUUUAAAAUAUUAGCAUGCUUUCUAGCAAGACUAAACAUUUUGGUUAAAAUCCCUUUAUUGUCUGUUGUUAGAAAAAUUUGUUAAUUCCAGUUUGAAAUUUGAAAUCUUACUUUGUAGUCAGGUCCAUGACUUGUAAAACACUGUAUAAUUAUUUUUAAUCAAUGGAAAUAAAAAUAAAAGAUAAAAAAUUAACUUUUUCUUUCUAAUGAGCCUAACUUUGAUGACAUAAUGGAUAAAGAAAAGUAUUGAUAAAUUACUUUGAAGUUAAAUGUUUGAUUUUUGAACCUUAAAUCACUUGAGUAUUAUGAGUGAUAUCUAUGUGACAUGUUGUUUUGUUAAAAUUAGAUUUAUUGUAUGUUUCUAUGUUGCAGUUUGUUUUGAAACACUUAAGCAUACUGUAUGUAUUAGUUGUAUAUAGUUUUCAAACUAACAAGCCUGAGAUCCUUGUUAGUGUAACGACUGCCUUCAGGAAUAUGGGAGCAGAUGAUGCCCAUUAUUUUACCCAUUUGUCUUUUUAGCCUACUGGUUCCAUUAGUAGCUCUUUUCUGAGGAGUUUGCCUCAUGGAAACUGGUAGUGUAAUAAAAUAUUGAGGAAGUGCCCAGAGUCUUUAUAGAUUUUAGAAUUACAUUUUUAACUCUGGAAAUGUGCUUUCUUGGUAUUGGUGGUCUUAAUUUAGAGAAAAUAUAAUCCUUGGCGGUGAUCUCAUUGAGAUUAUGUUAUCUGCCUAAACUUUGUGUUUCUAUUUCUUGGGUUGGACCUAAGUUACUGCACUUCUUUUUCUCAAUUUUAUUAUUGUACAGUUUCUUUACCUUUUAAGUAUAAAUGUGUAUAUAAAAUGUAAAUACAGGAAUUCACUAAAAACCACUAUUAACAAUUAUUGUGUAAAUAAAACUUGUAAGAGUA